CAUGUUUUCAUCCUUGCAGGGGGAGGGAGGGUUGACUAAGAGGCAAAGUGGGGGGAGAAACAGACACACACGGGGCCUAGUCGCCACAUCUUUUCAUGCGAAGAAGCUGUGCCGUUAAACCACCCGUUUUUGGUUUCCCAAAACAGCUCCGGCCCGGGCCUCAGUCCGCGGUCUAGAGUUUGAUUGCGGGCGGUUUUGAGACGGAAGCCCGUCGGCGUGUAGCUGCUAGCCAGCCCCUGCACCCUAACCACCAUCAUGGGAGACAGUAGAGAUUCCCACAGCCCAGACAGUUCGUCUGUGUCCUCCCCUCCAUCAGGCCAGCGCUCACCUCCGCUGGUUCCCUCAGCUGCUUCCAUGACCUCCCUGCCUCCCAUCACCACCUCAAGGGUCAACAGCCCCAUCAGUAGCAUCGGCUCCCCCUUUUCUGUCAUCAGUUCUUCGCUGGGCUCGCCUGGUCUACCUGGCACGCCAUCGGUGGGCUACGGCCCCAUUAGCAGCCCACAGAUCAACUCAACAGUGUCCAUGUCAGGGCUUCAUGCAGUGAGCAGCUCCGACGAUGUGAAACCUCCAUUAGGCUUGAAGCAGCUGUCGUGUCACAGCCCGGGGCCGAUGCUUUCCCAGAAACGCCUUUGUGCCAUCUGCGGAGACAGAUCCUCUGGUAAGCACUAUGGUGUCUACAGCUGUGAGGGCUGUAAAGGCUUCUUCAAGCGCACAGUACGCAAAGACUUGACCUACACUUGUCGGGACAGUAAAGACUGUAUGGUGGAUAAGAGACAGAGGAACCGCUGCCAAUACUGCCGCUACCAGAAGUGCCUGGCCAUGGGCAUGAAGAGAGAAGUGGCCACGAUGAACGACAGAUCUGUCCAAGAGGAACGGCAGAGGAACAAGGAACGAGAGGGCGAGGUGGAGUCGUCUAGUGCGGUGAACGAGGAGAUGCCAGUGGAGAAGAUUUUGGAAGCGGAGAUGGCUGUAGAGCAAAAGACCGAGCUUCAUGCAGACGGAAGUUCAGGUGGCAGCUCUCCCAACGAUCCUGUCACCAACAUCUGUCAGGCAGCAGACAAGCAGCUCUUCACCCUGGUGGAGUGGGCUAAGAGGAUCCCUCACUUCUCUGAGCUGGCCCUGGACGACCAGGUCAUCCUGCUACGUGCAGGCUGGAAUGAACUCCUGAUUGCAUCGUUCUCUCAUCGCUCCAUCUCGGUGAAGGAUGGGAUUUUAUUGGCCACCGGCCUGCAUGUCCACAGGAACAGUGCUCACAGUGCCGGUGUUGGAGCCAUCUUUGACAGGGCGCACAAUGCCGAGGUUGGGGCCAUAUUUGACAGAGUUUUGACAGAACUUGUAAGCAAGAUGAGAGACAUGCAAAUGGACAAGACCGAGCUCGGCUGCCUUCGAGCCAUCAUCCUCUUCAACCCAGAUGCCAAGGGAUUGUCCAACCCCAGCGAGGUGGAGCUCCUGAGAGAGAGGGUGUACGCAUCUCUUGAGUCUUACUGCAAACAGAAAUACCCCGAUCAGCAGGGCAGGUUUGCAAAGCUCCUCCUCCGGCUCCCAGCACUGCGCUCCAUUGGUCUGAAGUGCCUGGAGCACCUGUUCUUCUUUAAACUGAUCGGAGACACGCCCAUCGACACCUUCCUGAUGGAGAUGUUAGAGGCGCCUCACCAGAUCACCUAGAGGAGCCAGGUUCAGUCCGGUCAGGAUCCGAUGCACAGCAGGAUUACCAACACGUCACCCCAUGUUGGGUCCUUGGCUCCUCUCAUUGGGCCUCACUUAAAACUGCAACACCUGCUGGCUUUAAUGUACCGGCUCUCACACUUGCGCACCCACACACCCACACCCACACACACACACACACACACACACACACACACACACACACACACACACACACACACACACACACACACUCACACUCACACACAACCCACAACCCACAAAUUCCAUGACACUGUCUAAUUAUCUUCACACAUGCAGAUCCUAACUUGCAUACAUGAAUUGAAAUGCAACAUAAUUAAUACACAGAUGAUAUGGCUCUGAAUGAACAGUAUGCUAAUACACACUCAAACACAUUUACACCUUUUCCCAUAACCGUGGGGGUUAAGACUCAAGGAAUAUAUCCCCUUUUUAUCACACAUAUUCAGUAAAUGUCUUAAUUUUAAGUUAGCCUUCAGUUUCACAUCCUCAUCUCACAGUUGGUUUUUGCUUCUGCGUAACUGGUAUAUUUCCCUGUUUUGAAUUGGGUUACUUAGUUACACUGCUAGCGGCACCUCUGUAUAUUUUAUCCAUCACUAUCCGGUUAGUUAUUCAUGUAUGGUUUUAGCUUAAAAUCAGGUGCGUAGCAUUUUAAUCAACUGCCCAUCAUCAAACCAAUUCACUUCUUAUUGGUCAGGAGGUGUCCUAUAAUGGACAGGCAGAUACACCCUCCCAGUGAGUUCAUCCAGUCUCGUAAACAUUGAAAUACUUUGUUUAUUUUUUAAUAUUCAUGCUGAAACUUGUUUAAGUUUCUAUUUUGAAGUACUGUACUCAUGAAAUGAGAGCUUUUUCCAAGGCAUUGAAAUCCAGGAAAAGGGGAGUGGGAGCACUUUGUUGAACAGACAGACUUUGUCCCUCCCACCCUGAUGCGCACAGCGGGCUUUGUAAGACAAGACGAAUGACUUGAAUUUUAUUUUUUAUUCCUAGUUUUGAUUUAAUCCUUUUUCUCUAUUUUGGCAGUUGGUUGGCAUUUUCAAACAGCUUGAGGCUUGCAGGAAGAACAGCUUCAUGCAAGACAAAUCAUAGUUAUCUGUCUUUUUUCUCCCGUUUCCUCCAAAUCCUCCUUUUGCUGUUGGUCAUGUAUGCACUUUUGUGAGUUGUAACUGUGUAAAUGUUCCUGUUUCCUAAAAAUGACCGUAUAUUAUCAGACACCUAAGAUGACCCUGAAGGUACUAUGUGUAGGGUUUUCCAAUUAUUGCAUCCAUUUUCGAAUCAGAUGUGAUGAUUUUUUAAUAGAACGUGCUAAAUAAUUGGCCACUUUCUGUAAUGAUAACCAGGUUUGGGACUUAACACUACUGGCUGGCGGCAGGUGUUGGUCUGUCCUAACAACCAGUCUAGCUCUUGAUUGGUUGCUCUUUAUUCCAACCAUUUUAUUUGUAUCAACUGUCCAUUGGCUAUAGAAGAGAAAAGAUAUUUUCUUUGCGCUUUAAAUAGUCUUUUGUAUAAUUGGUCAGCAUCUAUCUGAGUUGUUUGAGGCAUUGCUUUGUUUUCAAGAUGCUGCACUCUUCCCUCUGUAAAACAAGCAGAGAUGGAAAAUAUAGAGACCAGCUGAAAUGAUCUGACAGUGGCAAUAACUCAACAUUUAAUUUCACCAUUGUCAUCAAUCAAAGUCAAGUUUGGCUUAUCUGUAAUACUUCUGCAGCCCACCAUUAAUGGAUGAAUCACUGGCUGUGACUAUAGAUUGGUAAACAAUGCACCGGUGUUUGAAUUACUUGUGUGUUGUGUUACUGUAAUGCAAUAAUGAAAUUAGUUAGUGCUAUAAAAUGGAAAUCCUACACCUACUACCUGCAGCUUUGGAAUCUUUAUUCAGUGUUUAUUGGCUCAAUGCUUGCAACUUUUGUACAGUAAAUGUAAAUAAUACAAAAGAAAAAACACAGUCAUGCAGAAACAAAGGCCUUUUCACAUUCAUAUGAAUGUGAAAUAUGUGGCUCCUACAAAGAAAUUUAUAAGCUCUAUUUUUUUCUUCUUCUGUUGAAUCAACAUUAGACUUGCCUCCCAUAUAAGGACAUCACCAUGAAGUUAUUAUUGAGCCCAGGGCCAAACCACACCUCACUGCUGCUUUUGCACUAACUUCUGCCAAUGUUUGUUGUUCUUUGCAAUUGAUUGGCUGAAUUUUUAAUUGACAAUUGCUCUUGACGUUUACUGUGAUUGAAAUUUGUAGCCAACUGAAUCUGAGCAUUGCAGUGAAAAGUAAAAUUCAGCUACCACAUGAUCGGGAGAAAUACACUAAACUAUGAAUUAAACCGUCUACACAUGCUCAAAGGUGAGCAAUACUGGGGUACACAAAGAUUUAUUAACUUUUUUGUUAGUAUUUAAAAUGGUGUUGACGUUGUGAGGUAUGUUUAGCCUUCUUAUUAGUCACCAUGUUUAAUAUCAAUUAGAAACAUUUUGAAGUAUCAUUCUACAGGGAAGAGGUACAGCUGUCCUCUACCAGGUGCUAAAUAACUAAAAUGGUCUUUUAGUUUUAAGACAUGCACAUUUACAUCAAUGCAAACACCGUAUGCAAGUACACAGACAAAUCAUUCUCCACUCAUUAAACAGGUCUGCUUAGGAUGUAGGACUCCUUCUUUGAUUUCUUUUUCUUUUUCUUACUUUAUGACCCCUCACUUUAUUGUAGACUCCCAACUAUGGAAAAUGAACACCAUCUAAGUGCUUGUUCAUUUGUGUUGUGGCUGAUAAGUCUUUGUACUCUACCAGACACAGCCUGUGUCUUUUUGUAUUUUAAAAAGCAGUUAGGCUGGUGGAAGCAAUGAAAGUAGCUGGUAAAUUUUGGGGUCCACCAGCUACUUUGACCAGAAUGAGCAAUGAGCUACCUGCCCUGCAGUUAGGCCAAAUACUUCUCUGAGAAGAUCCUUGUCCUCCCCCAUGUGAUGUGGACUUGGAGGCUGACAGUUCGAUGACCUGUCAGACAGGUGUUUUUGUUUUACAUGUCAGUAAGUUGGUCUAACCUUAGAGUUUGGUGUUGUUUCAGUUUUUCUCCAUCCAUGCAUAUGUGCGGGCCAACUCGGCAAAGUAGUCCCCAGAUGUCCAUUCAUUUUCUACAUGCAGAGAAAAGUCAGCCUCUCAUGCACCAUUGCUGCCUCAUGUUGGUGUUUGUUGGAAAGAAUAGUAAGGUGGUGGCAAGCUUAUGAUUUAGGUGACAAGCACCAACAUCUGCUAGCAUUCUUGUACUGUAUAUAAUGUGGUAUGGUCUCAAAGAUUUGAGUGAAAAGGAUUUUGUGGCCACCAGACUUUGAGAUCUGUGAUCUGGAUUAGAGCACGGCUAUCCUAAGACAGUUUGACUGGAAUGAAGUUUGUGAGUGCAACCUCACUGCAUCCCUUAGUGAGUGGGCUGACUUAGGUCUGUGUGUUCAUCUUCUGUUAGGUUGACAUCUCAGCAACUAUCUCUGCAGGAUUUUAUUUUUGGAGCUUCCUCUGUUGAAUGUUUAAGCCUGCUGCUACUGCCUCAUGUUUAUAGCUGGAGAUGGGAAUGAUUACACAAUCAGUCAAGUGCUGAAGAAGGAUCCACUAGUUGGAUCCACAUUAAAAAAGAAGAAAAAAAUUCUAAUCACAUACACAGCUGACUGCAAAUGCCAAUCUUUGUUGAUUCAUUUAAAAAGUAAAAAUAUGCAACUUGUAUAUUCAUAUUGUGGUAAACAGUUGUCAUGCAAUAUGUGUAUAUGUUUCUGGCAUUUGCAACUUGUAGCUUAGUCUGUUACAUAAGUUAAUAUUAAUUGGCAGUGAAUUUUUUUUUUUUUUAGAAUUCCCAUCCUCCAUGUAACAGCAAUGUGUUUUAAGUUUUGCCAUUUCUAUAUUUCUUAACAUUUUGCUAUGAGCUUAGGUCAUUUAGACGAUGAUAAACAGAUAAAAAAGCUAUACAGUCAGUGCAGGUUCUGUAUGCUAAGCCACUUUAAGCUUUGCUGAUCAAGCAAGAGCUGGUGGUUGGGUAUUUCAUUUUUUUAGCAUAUUGUCAUAGGGUGUGUGUGGCCACGUGUGUAUGCUUUUAUGCACGUGUAAUGAAUCUGUCGGCAGCUACGCCUUUUGACUGGCAGAUACUAUAGCUUUGGCGGUGAUGUGCUGAGCGCUGUUAUAUUGGUUUGUUGAGCAGUGUAAUCAAAUGAUGCACAGAGGAAAAGGAGCCAACCUGGAGGGGUGAUGAACUGGCGUGUUGAUCUGAUGCUUUAUCGAUACAACCCUGCCUCUUCCCUUUCUCAACUUUGCUCCGUCUCCACUGCUCGCCCAUGAGGGCUUGAAAUUUCUGGGCUUUGACUUGUAAAAUAAUCCUUUUAAUUCUUGGAAGUUUGAAAAGGAUGUGAAGCUUUUCGUGGGACAAGCAUUGGAGAGCUGUAAGGAAGGGAUUCAGUGCCGUGUGUCCCUCUUUGCUUACUUUACUUGACGGCAGAGCAGCGGCGAUCUGCGGUCACUAUGGGAGACCGCCGGAUCGCACCGCACCGCCCACAAAUGUUUGUCAUUGCAACCGUGUACACUCAAGGCAGACGCAUGCUGUGACCUUUUGACUGUGUAGCAGUAUUGUUGUCGCCGCCUGUACUCACUUUCUGAAAAUAAAUACAUUGAUUAAAUAUGCUUUUUUUUUUUUUUUUUUUUUUUUUUUAAAUGGAUCGCAGGCUGUGACUGAAGAAUAGAUCAUUGUGUAUAGAUUAGAUAUCAGGGCGGCAUUUCUACCUAUUGACACAGGCCCCCUGGAGCCAGGGCCCAUCCCAUUAUGAUCAAUGAGGCAGUGUGUGCCAUGCAGCCUUGAAACCACCACCCUCACUGGUUUAUUUAUCACUGCCAAGUUGUUUGCGGAUGUGGCCGUUUUUUAAAUGGAGGGCCACUCAGUCCCCAGUGCUUGUUUGUCAUGUACGUUGUGAUUAUUGUGCAGUACACUAAAGAGUGUGCGUUAACCUUGGCCUGUGUAGUGCAUACUAAAGAGGGGCCCUAAUAGGAAUGGAAUGACAGCUCGUGUGGCGAGGGGAGGACUGGUCACUGGAGAGAGAAGUAGACCAGUGUGUGGCCCCCUCUUGGUGCUCAACCUGUGCAUUGGUGCUUUUUUAUAGGGUUCCCUAACCCUUAAAACAUCUGCUUUGGUUUCCAAGACACAGGGAAAUACAUAUAUGACCUGAUCUUCUUUAGUUGCAUUGUUGUGUUUUCUGCGACCGGGUCCACUGCAACCUGUUUUUACUGUGUUAGAGUCAUAUGUGGCUGUAGCUGGAUAGUACCAGCAAUAAAAUCAAAACCUUCACAAUUGUAUUUUAGAUUAUGAGGGAGAAACUGUGGCUCUUAUUGUAGACACGGGGUGAAGGCCACCAGAAUCCACAGGUCUGGUUUGCAAGAGACACUUCUGAGCAGGAUCAGGUUACAUUGAAUGAACUUGAUGGUAGAGAUCAUCUGAAUAGGAUUGCUCUCUUUAAGGAGGAGGUUGUUGUUGGUGGAGGAGUUUAAGGUCGGAGGAAAUGUGAAGGGUAGGCCAGAGAGAGAAGGAGGGAAGAAAAGAAGGCCAGUGACUUGAAAAACUCGGAUCAGGUAUUCAUAUGUCAAGAAAAACAGAAAACCUAUUUUCCGGUAGAUCUAGAAUCUUCCUUAAUUGUUUACUCUUCACCGUAAAGAAAUUCUCACACUGUUUUUUUUUUGUCUCGUUUCCUGUCUCCCUUCUCUCCGACUAUGGUAUUCAUCCUUUGUUUAUUACAAAGUAUUAAACAAAUACAAGAACUGUAAAAUCAGAAUGAAUCUGUCACUUUUUUGUCAAAUGUUCUCUCUUUCUCUUGUGUCUGUUCUUUGUCCUGUUUGUAUCCUACUCCAUUGUACACAUGGAGCUGAUUGACUAUUGUGUGCUUUGGGGAUUGAAAGAAGAAGAAAAAAAUAUGAAUACUUUUUUUUCAGUCAUUAAUUCUGAAUCUUCUUUCUGUUUGUUGUAUCAUGUCCGAGUAAAGGUUUUAAUACUGUA